GGUACAGAUCCUUUUUAUCCUGGAGUAACAUCUACUCCUUCCAAGUCUCGAGACGUGCCAAUGCAGAAAACUCCUGUAGUUUUACAGAACAGCAGGUACUUUGAUUGUAUAAUUCACCAGUCACUUAUGUAUCUAUAUGAAUCCUAAUACUGAGAAACUUGUCUUUGAUGACCUUACAUUAGUUCUUUGCUUAUAAUACUACUCUGCUAGCUUUAUGGGUGAAUGGAAGACAUAGGCUAAUCAGUUGCUGAUUUUGACAUAGUCAUUUCUGUUUGCAAAUUAUUUGUCUGUCACGAAUUUUAUGAUCAUUAUGAUCAUCCUGUCACUGCUUGCAUCACUUUAAUCAGUGAGUUUCAAGACAAGCAAAAGAUAAUCACUAAAUUCAUCUUUAUACACCGUGUUAGGUGAAUUUUGUGUGCUGUAAUACUGCAGAUACAUAUAUGUUGCAGGUCAAAUUAAACCUUAGGUUAAUUCGUUUUUAAACCAGGUCAAUUUGUUUCAGCCUAGGUCAAUUUGUUUCAACCUGGGUCAAUUUGUUUCAACCUAAGUUUUUUUUUUCUUUUUUUUUUUAUGACGGCAAAAAAAAAUUGCACCUUCAAUUUUCUCUCUCUCUACCUCACCCAUUACCUACCCUUUCACUCAUAGCAUCCCAAUCUCUUAUUUUUUUCAAAUGUCAUUGCUUACCUGGUGGGUCUUGAACCAGCGACCUUUGCUUUGCCUUAGGAUUCACAUCCUGAUGCCUUAUCUAUUGAGCCACAGUGGCUUGGAUGCAAAUUUACCGGUAGGUAUUUUUCUAAAUUAUAUACAAAAAUACAUUUCCUUAAAUUAUGCAAGUAACACAUGUGUGAUGGGCCCAGUCCUCAGCCCUACAGGCCAACAUGGCAGGAUGUGUUGAUUGCACUGUCUUUGAAACCAAAUUGGAAGAGCUCAAGCAGUCAAAGAAAAGAAAGAACAGCAACACAUUAUUAUAUAUAGAGGAUAACUUCUUUGAUGAGUGUAAAAGGUGGCUUCAAUCAACACCUGAAGAGAAGAAACAUCUCAAUAUCGACAAACAAACAAAACAGAAACUUGCAAGAAACAAGUGGAGUCGACAUGUCAAGGAAAGGUGACAGCUUCAGAUAAUAAAAAAGUAGUUCCAAAGAGAGACAUCUAUAGACUAUUAUGUGAAGCUCACACAGCAACAGCUCAUCGAGGAAGAGACAAGACAGAAAGAUACCUAAGGAACUACUACACAGGAAUCUCUCAAGAUGUUGUCAACCUCUUUGUCUCCCUCUGCAAACUGCACCAAGAACAAAAAAGUGUAACAAACCACUGCAAGAAACCAAUUUUAACUCCAAUAAAAGCAAACCAGUUUCUUGGUCACGUAGAGAUGGAUCUCAUAGACUUCCGGAAUUUGCCCUGUGAAUGCCAUUUGAGGCAUCUAUGGGUACUUCAUGUUGUUGACCAUUAUACAAAGUUUUCAUGGCUGUUUGCUCUCAAAAGAAAGCAAACUGAAGAAGUAGCAGGAGCAUUAACUAAUUUAUUUUGGAUGUUUGGUUUUCCAUCAGUACUUCACUCAAUGGGAAAGAGUUUAAAAGCAAGACAAUGAGUGAACUGUGUGGAAAACACAACAUUAAGCAAGUUCAUGGGGCACCUUGUACGCCAACAACCCAAGGACUGGUGGAAAGAAAUAACCGCACAGUCAAAGAGAACGUUCUAAACAUUUUGAAGGAGAGAGAUGAAAGUCUCGGAAAGAAGUGCACAGUUCUACGUGAGGCGGCAUACAAGAAGAACAUAACUUUACACAGGGCAAUAAACAAAGUUCCAUAUGAAGUUGUGUUUGCACCCAAGGAAAGAGACACCUGGAAGAACAGAAGACGAUCACAUCGAGGAAAGUGAGCAACAUACAACCCAGGAAAAACAGAAUUCACCCAAUUUGCUGGCUUCUGAGCUAAAGACCCCAGUUCUCAAGAUGACCUUUUGGCACCUUUUGAAAAUGCAAACACAGGACAACCUUCUGUGGCUGACUUACAAGUGGAACCUUCAGGUGAAAACCCCAACAAAAGCAAGUAUGCCAUCCAUGACUGUGUAAGAGAAAACCAAGAAAGCUACAACAAGAAAAUGAAGAAAUCGAGAAACAAAGUGGAGGACUUCAAAAUUGAUGAAUUUGUUUCCAUCAAAAUAGAUAAAGUAGACAAAACUUCACCACUACAUCUAAAGGUACUGCUUGGAAAAGUUACAGAAGUUGAUGACAACUAUGCUAAAAUAGUUACUAAGUUUGGAAUCAUUUCAACAUACAUUUCCACUAGCCGACUAAACUAGUGCAGACAAACAAGUGUAACGUUUGAUUACUCAAAAGAAAUCGCUUUUUCUGCCGCAUGCAAAAUGGCUGUAAAUCAGUAAAUUACAUGCUAUUGUACAUCUACCUCCAUUAAUUUCAAGUAAAAUUAUUACUUUGGCCAAACAGCUGUAGUUGUGAUACAACGAGAAUAAACAUGUAGAAAAAUUAAUUAAAGUAUUCUGAGUUGUCCUCACUCACCCGACACCAAGUUUUUUUUUUUUAGUAAAUUUGUACUAUACUGACAGCUUAAAAAUUAACAGCUGGGACAAGUAAUGUCAUUUUCGAACAUACUGAUGAGGUGCAUUUAAUAAUGUGUUUAUUAUUAAUUGUUGCAUUACUGAAUUCACCCUCAGUACACCUCAAACAAACAUGUUGAAAAUGAAUCUUACAGUCUGGGACUCAAUAUUGAAAUAUACCCUAAAUUUAAAUCAUUAUAAUUAAGGACUAUGCAUGUUUUAUAGCCUUAAUAUGCGAUGUCAAUUCUGUUUUUACCAUUUAAGUUUUGGCAAGUAUUGAAAGUGCAAGAUCUAGCAUGCACCAAUGCUAUACUGGUGCAUAGAAUAUUAAAAGUAAAAGUUAAUGGUAAAGAUUGAGUCCUUAUUAUACAGCAUUAGCUCAAAAACAGUCAUCUGAUUAACAAACCUGAGGCCGACGGUGCGCUCAUUGUACCCCCUUUUUCUAUCAGUUCUCUGUUAGACAGGUAUUUCAAUCUACUUAAAGCUACAGGGAAUACAGAAAGUGAAGAAGUCAAAAGAAGGAUUUGUGGUCAUAUCUAUUAAUCAAACUUUAUAGGACUUUCCGCACUGAGACUGUGCACUUAACAACAUAGCUAAUCCUUCCUCCUACUGAACCAUAAAUCUUGCCCCACCUAUAGUUCUAUUGAGGAAGUAAUUGCCGGAUCAAGACUUGUUGUACACUAUAUUAAUUACAAUAUUUUACAAAUACAGUUUUCUUGUUGUUGGUUAAACCACCCAGUAGUACCCCAACAUUAUGAUUCGAUCCCUGUUCUAACAGUAUAAUGACCCAUAACUCAAAUACUAACUUAAUGGGUCUUUUAAAGUGUCAAAACUAAUUGGCCUAAUGUAGGGUGAUAGUAAAUACACCUUUACAUCUAAUUAUAACUUGGUUUGGAACAAAUUGACCUAGGUUGAAACAAACUGACCUAGGUUAAAAACAGAUUGACCUAGGAAACAAAUUAACCUACAACAUAUACAUAUACACCACAUCAAUGGAAAAGAUGUUUUGCAACAUUUUGUGUUAUCUAGAUCUUUCAGCUGUUGGUUGUUGCUUCCUUUUCAGCUUUGAUGCAGACGUUGAUGUCACUGGCAGUGGAGUAACCACUGUUAGUGGUACGAGUUUCAUUGUAGAGGAAGGAGAGGUCACUAUUUUAGACAAUAAGGAUGAUCAAGACAGUGAUUCAUACAGCGACACAAGUAGUGACAGUGAUGAUCCAACAUUGUACGUUGCUGUUUGUUUUGUUUUUUCUUUUCAGAUAUAAUUAUUUCUUUGUGGCUCUGUUUAUGACCAUCAAAGUUGAUUUAAACUCUAGAACUUAUUUCAUUGUUGUCCCCAGGCUGAGAUCUAGAUUCAGCACUCUGCCAGAUUUUGAAGCAAGUCUAGAAAACAAAGACACAUAGUUUUCUCAAAGGCUCAGAAAAUUAUAAAGUGUAACACUUACUUGUGCUUACUGAAACAUGAUGACUAUUUUUACAUGCAUGUAAGCUAUCUCGCUAGAUCUGUAGUGCUUGUUUAAACCUCUGGGGAUAGGAAUUUGUUUUCUGAUGUCUUUUAUAAGGCUAGUGAAUGUAAAUAUUCUUAUCUGUAAGAUGUACCUUUAAUACUUUGAUAUAAGUUUAUUUUUAGUUAUAUAUGUAUUUUCUUUUUCCAUCACCCUUAGUGAUUUGAAUUAUCUCGGUGAUGCUCUACGGGAGCUUGAUGAGGACCUUGACGAUGACAGUGAAUUAUCGACUGACAGUGAAGAAGACAUGUUCUACAGG